AGUGUGUGUUCGUGUGUACGCGCGCGCGCGGUUCGUGUGCACACUGCCAUAAUAAAAAUGAUGUAUAAUUUUUGUGUAGAUAAAGUGCUGCCAAUGCCAUGUUAGAGACGUGUAGAAGGAUAGACUUCAUUUCAGUAUCUGCACGGUGGUGUUUGGUGCAUUAGGUUGAAACCAGGUCCUCUUGUCUGUCCUUGUGCUCGUGUCUUCAUUUGGGGGACUUUAUGCAAAAUCCGCCAAAAUGUAAAUAUGUUUAGUGUUCAGUUUUUUGUUUUUACUCUGUCGUUAUCGUAAGGGGCUACUGAGUUUGUUCUUAUUUUGUCCUCCCGUGGUGUUCGUUGUUCUAUAAUAGUCUUAGGCUUGAUGUUUUUUGCAGCUGUGCCAUCUGACAUCUGUACAGACAAGAAAUGUUACAUGUUAUUUAUUGUUGUUCACCUCCGGUUCAAUGCACAUUUGGAUAUUGCGUGAAAUAUUUUGUUUAGGAAAUUGUACAUAGAAAUAAAGGCUUUUUGAUGUAUAUUGGACGAUCUUGUGGCGUCGUUUUGUUUUUAAAAACAGACUAUCAUUAUUGUAAGUAUUAUUCUAACGCGGUGCUGAACGUCUCCUGACGCAACAAUAAACCAAUAAAAAUACCCAUGAAACUCCGGGUAACGAUGAAAAAUAAUUCCACGUUGACACUCCACGCGUUAAGCUGCCAGCAGCGCGGAUGAUACGUCUCUGUUAUGCGUUACCUGAGCCUUUUGUGGCCUGUAUCGUCAGCGCGUUACGGAAAAUGAUGGAUGGCUCCGCGGGCCCCUGGCGGCGCGUCCCCGCUGGAGCGAUACCGCCUCUGUCCAGAAGAUGGCGCUCUCUGUCCGCUCGGGCUCUCGGGAGCGCAGCGGGGAGGCACCAUUGACUGGAGCCUAACGACCAUUAUUUCGUCAUCAUUUGUAACCACGGAGCAUGAAUUACCUCUUGAAGUCAUCAGUGAGGAUUUACGACUGGUCAACAAAGGCACGUGAUUCUCGAACGCUCUCCCAUAUUUGGCCGCAUACCUGGCAAAGUACAGUAGGGGCUUCAUUGCUUAUAAUUCAUGAUUGCGUCCAUAAAUCGUGCAAGCACACAGGAUUAUAGCGACAAAGAUCUACAAAUCGAGGCUUUAAAAAUCCAAGCAAAUGAGCUCUUACUUUGUAAACUCGUUCUCGGGGCGCUAUCCAAAUGGCUCCGACUAUCAGUUACUAAAUUAUGGGACUAACGGCGCUGUGAGCGGCUUCUUCAGAGACCCUGGCACUCAUGCACUCCGGGUCUUUCGCUACACUAACAUGGCAUGGAACCUUAACCGUGAACGCGUCAACACGGCGCCACUUCGGGCCGUGAGGGAGACGGUGAAUCCGCCGGACGCCCGGUACAGACAGACGCCCAACUGCUCCCUCGCGUCUCCAGACCCGGUGCCGCCGUCGUGCGCCACGGCCAGCCGCGAGCCGCUGGAAAUAAAAAGCCCCUCUCCUCCCUGUGACCGGAGCUCGACCGCGAGCGGCAACAAUCUCAACAAAAACAACAACAACAACGGCGGCGGCGGCGGCGGCGGCGGAAGCGCGCUUUUCACGGAGAUAGAGGACCCCUCCGUCAACUCCGAGACCGAGGAGGGCGCACACGGCAGCGGCGGCUCCGGCUCGGCCACCCGGGCGCAGCAGCAGCAGCAGCACCACCAGGAUCCAAACGCCACCUCCUCUACCCCCUCAUCGAAUGAUUGCCAGUCGCCACAAAUAUUCCCCUGGAUGCGGAAACUGCACAUAAGCCAUGAUAUGACUGGACCGGAUGGGAAAAGGGCCCGAACCGCGUACACCCGGUACCAGACGCUAGAGCUGGAGAAAGAGUUUCACUUCAAUAGGUACCUGACCAGGCGGCGGAGGAUAGAGAUAGCACACGCCCUGUGUCUCUCCGAAAGACAGAUCAAAAUCUGGUUUCAGAACCGCAGGAUGAAGUGGAAGAAGGACAAUAAGCUGAAAAGCAUGAGUCUGGUGACAGGAGGCAGCGCCUUCCAUAACUGAAUAAUAACUUUUUUUUUCUUGGUGGGGGAAGGGGAGGAUGCGCGGUGGGGGGGAGAGUAAAACAAAUAACACUAUUUAAAAAAAAUGACAAAAAAAGAAAGAAUCCACGAGUUCCGUAAAGCUAUAAAGCGCAGCACCUUUCAGCAUGCUAUUGUGGUAGAAAAAGAAGUAUUCUGUGGUCUUAAAAUGACAUUUUUAGUUCCCUGUUGUUGUGCUAUGAUUGCUUAGAUGUCAUAUUUGUAAAACACGAUGUAAAUAUUAUCGGGGGUAGUAAUUGUCCAUGCGUAUUGCUCUCUCUCUCUCGCUCUCCCUUUCUCUCUCUCUCUCUUCCUAUCUUGAAGGUGUUUCAACUUGAGCUCUUUAUUGUGACUUCUUUCACGGUCUAUCGGGAGUAAAUUCAUUGUACAGUUAAAAAACAAACAAAAAAAACAACAAGUUUCCAAACCAUAUGCUGCUCUUCAUUGAAUGUACACCGAAUGUAUCCCGGGGCAAUUCAUAGCGCUUUAGUGUCCGAAUUACUGCUAUUCUUGUGGCCACAUCCAUCCAAGUCCAAAGCAAGUGUAGCUUUAGGGUAUUUCGUGCACUCUUAUUAUUACUAUUAUUAUUGUUUAGAAUAAUUAUGAGCAAUGCAAAUGUAUUCAAACCUGUCAAUGUGAUGACUUUUUAGUGCAGAGGGUUAUUCUGUGGUUAGGCAGUGAUGUGAGCUUUUUUCGCCAAUAAGCUUUUUGUAUUUGUAAGUGAACUCAUAGCGCUUGAAAAAAAAAUAAAAGUUUCUCUCAAUUG